CAAAUAGCCAUUUUAAAUCAUCUUUUUAUUUUAUAGUUGAUUGUAUAGUAUUUAUGAUACUGAAACUUGUAAAUUUGCUGGAACUAUUGAUUUACAUAGUAUGUUGUAUUUAGAAGACUUCAGGUGCAUUCCAUGUAUAAAUACAUUUUAAGUUAAUUAUUUUCAUACAUUUCAAGCUGCUACUUUCUCUACAUGUAAGUUCAACUUCAAUUUCAUACACUAAUACAUUUGUAAUACAAUUAGAGGUCAAGAGGUCAACAUUAUGCCAAAAAAAAUGAAUAUCAGAUCUUUUGUGAUCUUCAAGUUUUUGGCAUGCCAUGGCACAUCAGGAAAAGGAGUUGUCAUGCCAUAUUUCCAUCAGUUGACAAAAAACAACAAACAGCCUUCUGCAUCCAGAUGAGGAACAGCCUUACACAAGCUUUCUUGGCCUUGAAAAUAACCUUUGAAAAUGGCAAAGAAAAUGUGUUAAUUCUUACGACAAAUGUUCAAAACAUGCAUCAGAAGAAAUGUUUAAGUAGAUAAUAAAAUGUCUACUUAAACCCAGAAAUGCACUGGAGGUUGACUAAACCCCUAAAAAAAUGAUGUUGGAAAUAAUGUGGAUAGCCGGUAAUAACUUUGGUACUAAUCUCACAUGUCAUGCACGCAUGCACACACACAGCUAAAUCAGGAAAAGCAAGGUUUUGGAGGUCCAGAACUACGUCACUGUUAAUUUCUGGGUGAAUGAAUGGGGUUGUAGUAGGAGUCAUCCUGAAUUAAAUAAAUAAACAGUCAGUGGUCGUGGCAAAGCAGGCGAGCAGGCUGGGGAACAAUGGGGCCUUUGGCAGGAUGCUGGUCUCCCAAGUGUCCUGCCUGUACUUGGUGGUGAGGGGUUUUGAAGAAAAAUGACCCAUUGUCUCUCUCAUCCUGUUUCUGAGCCCGAGCAGUGAAACGAUGCCUCUGGAUGCCUGCCCAGGAUGACCUACCAUAAAGCAUAGAAUAAGCUCCUGCUUUAUCCAAAUGGACAGACGGAAAAGGCCAGGACAUUAGGAUGGAGGGGGGAUUCCAUGGAUCAGACUGUGCAGGGGAUAUCUAGAGAGGGCAGAGGAGACCUUCAGGAUGGGAAAUGCAUGUGCAACUUUUCCAGAUUCUAGUUGAAAAGUUUGUUAUAGCAACAUGAGCUGGAGCUUUCUCACUCGUCUUCUGGAAGAGAUCCACAACCACUCCACUUUUGUGGGGAAAGUGUGGCUGACUGUGCUCAUCAUCUUCCGCAUUGUGCUCACAGCGGUUGGAGGCGAGUCCAUCUACUCAGACGAGCAGACCAAGUUCACCUGCAACACCAAGCAGCCAGGUUGUGACAACGUAUGCUACGAUGCCUUUGCCCCUCUCUCCCACGUCCGCUUCUGGGUCUUCCAGAUCAUCAUGAUUUCCACUCCCUCUAUCAUGUACUUGGGUUACGCCAUCCACAAGAUAGCCCGAAGUUCAGACGAGGAGCGCAGGAAGCACCACAGGCUCCGCAAAAGGCCUCCUCCUCACUCCAGAUGGAGAGACAGCCACCAUCUGGAGGACGUCUUAGAGGAGGAUGAAGAUGACGAUGCUGAGCCCAUGAUCUAUGAGGAUACGCUGGAGGUGCAGGAGGCCAAGCCUGAACCAGUGAGCAGCACUAGCAAAGAUCCACCAAAACAUGAUGGUCGCCGAAGAAUUAUGCAAGAAGGCCUGAUGAGAAUCUAUGUUCUUCAGCUCAUGUCACGAGCUAUUUUUGAAAUCGCUUUUCUUGCAGGACAGUACCUCCUCUAUGGUUUUCGAGUUAGUCCUUCAUAUGUAUGCAACAGGGUCCCCUGUCCACACAGAGUUGACUGUUUCAUCUCCAGGCCCACAGAGAAAACAAUCUUCCUCCUCAUCAUGUAUGUGGUAAGCUGUCUUUGUCUAGUGCUAAAUGUAUGUGAGAUGCUUCACUUGGGAAUUGGCACUUUUCGGGACACACUUCGCAUGAAGAGGAACCGGGGCCGACGGACGUCCUACGGCUACCCGUUUUCUCGCAACAUCCCAGCCUCCCCUCCGGGGUACAACCUUGUGAUGAAGACAGACAAACCUGGCAGGAUCCCCAACAGCCUCAUCACCCAUGAGCAGAACGUGGCCAAUGUGGCCCAGGAGCAGCAGUGCACCAGCCCAGAUGAGAACAUCCCUUCUGAUUUAGCAAGCCUACACCGGCACCUACGGGUUGCCCAGGAACAGCUCGAUAUGGCCUUUCAAACAUAUCAAACCAAAAACAACCAGCAAACGUCCAGAACCAGUAGUCCUGUAUCUGGGGGCACCAUGGCAGAGCAAAAUCGAGUCAAUGCAGUCCAGGAGAAACAAGGAGCAAGGCCGAAAUCAGCCACGGAGAAGGCUGCAACCAUUGUAAAAAAUGGAAAGACCUCUGUCUGGAUCUAGAGAUAAAUCUAAUUUAGUAAAUUAACUAAAACUUUUAGGACUCCGGGACUGCACUGUGACACAGCUGGAGGAUGUGUGUGUGUGUGAGAGAUGCGACUUUGAACAAUAACAAUUAAGAAUUUCAAUCACACUAGCUGAAGGAGUACAGUACACAGUUUUUGGGAAUAAAAAAGAAAACACAUUAAGAAAUGAUCAAAUCCAGUAUCACGAAUCUUCUUUGUUACUGUAGUGUGUCUUUUUGUGCUUGCCAUAGAUUUUGGACAUGAUUAACAUGUACUUACCUAGUUAAACAUCUCUAAUUCCAGUUAAAAUGUCAAAGUAUAAACAGACUGCUUCGAGCUAUUUAUCUGAUCUACCCUUGACCACCGCUGAACUGGAUUAAUUUGAAGAAAUCUAACAUUGGAAGUGUGUGAUUGUACUCUCAAUCCAAAUUUGAAAAUGCAGUGAAAAAAACACUGUACAAAUGCACAAUGACUCAUUUCUGAAGAAUGAUGAUUGUUGUUGGAAAGAUGCAUGUUUAAUAUUUGGGGAAGUAUUUUUGGAUGCAGUAUGGAUGAGUGUUGCUGGAAACAGAUUAAAUGUGGAUAUUUUGAUAAAGAUAAUGAAACAGGGCUGUGUCACUGUAGACUCUUCUGGUAAACAUCUGCUCAGUGUGAUGUUCUUCAGCCAUUGCGUGCAAAGCCAUUAUCUAUUCUAUAUUUUCCAAAGUCUUGCAGUGUCACAUUUGAAGGGGAAGAGAUAAGUGAACAGAAAAUCUGAUUAUUUUCUUAACUAAAUACUGAUUUUCUGAAGCAGAUGAUGCAUGCUUUACAACUGGGAAUAUACAGUAUACACAUAGGCUAAAGUAGAAACCCCAUCCUUAGCUAUUCAAUUAGCUUGACAUUUAUCUUAUGUUUAGGCAUGUUAGGUUUUUCUGUCAUUGAAGCAGUAUGUUUUCUAAAAUUGAUUUCAGUGUAAUAUUUAAUCCUGCCUUCACUGUUGUCAUACUUCAAAGUGCCUCAAACUUUAAAGACUGUUCUAGUAUUUUAUUCAUGAAGAAAUAAACUUAUUUGAAACCUCUGA